AUGUCCGCAUAUCUGCGUUUCGCCGCCGUCCUUCUUCUGGCGCUGAUCGCCAUCGCCCCCGCCAACGCGGCGGAGAAGCGUUUCCUUCUGGCCACCACCACAUCGACCGAGAAUUCCGGCCUUCUGGAUGCGAUCAUCCCGCAAUUUGUGGCCGAAACGGGCAUUGCCAUCGAUGUCGUCGCGGUCGGCACCGGGCAGGCCCUGGAAAUGGGCCGGCGCGGCGAUGCCGCCGCUAUCCUGGUUCACGACCGGAUCGGCGAGGAUGCGUUCGUCGCCGCCGGUCACGGCUCCGACCGCCGCGACGUCAUGUACAAUGAUUUCGUCAUCAUCGGCCCUCGGGACGACCCCGCCGAUCUGGCCGGAGCGUCGGACACGGCGCAGGCUAUGACGAGGAUUGCCGACAGCGGCGCGGUGUUCGUCUCCCGCGGCGACGACAGCGGCACCCACCGCAAGGAACUGCGCCUGUGGGCCGAGGCGGCGCUCGAUCCGGCCACGUUCGGCGCCUGGUAUCGCGAGGCGGGUGCCGGCAUGGGCCAGACCAUCCUGACGACCACGCAGAUGGGCGGCUACACCAUGACCGACCGGGCGACCUGGGUGAAGUUCGGCCGCAAGGACGGUCAUGUGAUCGUCUUCGAGGAAGACCCGCCCCUGUUCAAUCCCUAUGCCUCGAUCGUCGUUACCAACGAAGCGGUUCCCGCCGACGAAACCAGAUGGGCCACCCGAUGGCACGAAUGGCUGACCAGCGAGACCGGCCGCGAUGCGAUCCGGGCCUACACCGUCGAUGGCCAGCAGCUCUUCUUCAUCGCCGGCGACGAAGAGGCGGGCUGA